AUGUCUUCACUUGUCGACGACCUCAAACGGUGCGGCUUUGAAAAGUUGUCGGGGAGUGCUCAGCGCAAGGGGAACACGAGACGAGACGUGCAUCUCGCGUCGUCUUUUUUCCACCGCGGCAGGCGUGGUUUCCACCACGACCUGCCUUCCAUGGAACAAGCGUACAACACCUUCACGUCGUACCUGCGCAAUGCCCCUCUGACGACCUCGAUCUCGGAUCCCCUGGCUGCAUGCUCGACUGAUCCAGUCUCAACCCUCCCUUCCAGCGGCACAGAUAGGGAGGGAAGGCCAACUUUUGACAGGACCGGAGGCUGGGCCACCAGUAACGAUUUCCACGAGGAGGCAAGCAGCGCGUCGUCGACAAUGGGCGGCUUUCACCGACAGAGUGAAAGAGGAGAAAAGGCUAGUGACGCGUUCACUAGGAAAGGCUCCUCCAUCUCGGAUGCUCUCUGGUCGUUUCAUGAGAAUCUGAAGCGGCAGUGGUCACAACUGCAACUUCUGGACCAGCCUGCUGGGAAGCAGGGUCGAAGUUUGCCCGGGGGACAAAAUCAGACAGCGGGGAUGUCGGGCAACAACGCGGACGCAAAGAGCUUGCCUGCUCUGACCUCCCCUGGAUCUUCCGAAGCGUGUCCUCGAGGCACGUCGGCCUCUCCCCACAACGGGUUGCCUUCUCCCGUGCGCCAAGGCGGCUUCCUCAGCUCUACCUCCUGCACUCGCAGUUCAACCUCGCCUGCUGCUGGAGACACGGACUACCCGCUGCAGGAAGACGACUUUGGCAGUGGGCCGCCUGCAUCGUCCAACCGGGACAGUGUCUCUCGGCACGCCCCCCGGAGGUCGGCUGGGGCAAGAUGCCUGGCCGCCGCGGCUCCAAACGAAGACCGAGUGCUCGGCGCGGCGUCAGAUGGGAAGGAUCUUGGCGUCAGAGAUUUGCACGGACGUGCUAGGAUGGAGAGAGACUUCCAAAGUUCGAAGAGAGCCAAACCAUCGGUGGUUGACGGAGGUCACGGGACGACGGGCGCAACUCGGAGCUUAGCUGAGGCGUACCUGCAUUUAAGGGUGCAAAACCGGACAAUGUGGAUGUCGCUGCGAACCAUCCGCGUCGUUUUGGGGCUGCAGCUGGGGCUCUCUGUUCUGGGGUUCCUCAAUUCUGGGCAGCUGCCGGGGUUCUCCGCAGAAGACCCAGCUUUCCGUUCAGCGGUUUUCUGGCUGUACGUUGCGGCCUACAUCUACUCAGGCUGGUGUCUGUACACCCUACGAGUGCAGCCCACCGAGAGCUGGGACGAGCAACAGGCCCGCGAAACGGCAGAACGUUUGCGGCAACAGGAUUCUUCGUCCUGGACGCAACUGAGGGCAGGUCAGGAACGGGCGGAAGGCGCGGGGAAAGGAGUUCGGUUGGAGGAAACGCCCGUCCGAGACCACGCGUCCGGCGAGUCUGCUGGGCGACGCGCGGACCUGAAUGAGUCUCAACGACAGUUGACGAGCGCCAGGUCGUCCUCGCAUUCUCUUCUCGACCGCGAGAGGAUUCCGCCGACUGCAGACGCGGAUCUUCCUCCUGUUGAAACGUGGCCUCAGCGGCCUGUGUUCCUGAGAGCCACGGAAGAGGCGUGGGUUGUCGACAAAGUUACCGCGCUUGCUGCCCGACAUAAAGCGGCGCGAACGAAGGGGUCUUCUCGGAGUAGCACUCGUGGCAAGAUGCCGAUCGUCCGUUACCCUCGCGCGCCCAUGAUGUACAUGACGAAGCAGUUGGAUGACCCCACGCGCGCGAUCCACUGGUUCGAGAAUCCCUUUUUCCGCGGCGUUGCUGUCAUUCGACUGGCACCAGUCGGCGGGUCGCCUGGCGGGGAAGUGUACACGGACUCGAAGAAACGCUAUUUGCAGGCCUGCUUUCAGUCGCGUGACGCUGUGGGAUUCGAUGCCGCGGCCAUUGCUGGGACGGCGACAUUGCAGGGGAAGGACAGCUACGGGAACCGGGGACAGUUCUUGCAGCCUCAUCGCAUCGGCGAAGUCCUGACAGGCCAGGUCUUCUCUCGCCGGCUGCGGUCGCUCCCUCCUCGGUGGAUGGUCAAUAUGGGGAUGAAAGUUGUCAAGCAACUCACCGACACUCUCAAGGAGGACAUCUCGUCAAACGAACCAUACUUUCUCACGCCAGCUGUGUGCGUGGCGCAAACGAUUCACGUUGCGCAUGCAGCGAAGAGGCCCCGCAGGCUCUCCAGUGCAGUGGUGGGAGAGGAGCAAGACCGCAAGGAAGGGAGUGGCGAGCGUCCAGUGGACAAUCUUCCUUCCGCGAGUUCUGAUGAUAUGGACGAUGAAAAUUUCUACAUCCCGCCGCCAGACGUCACGAAUCCAAUGAUUCAGGAAGACACCCGGCUGCUCGGCGGACCCUUCUCGUGUGGUGGCAUAUCAGCCGAGAAGCGGAAGAGACUGAUGGGGGAUAGAAAGAUUUUGAAGGAGCUGGUCUUUUCCCCGGACUACAUAUACACUUUCGAUUUCUUCCAGAACAUCUUCUACCCGUCCUCGUACGAGUUUGACCUCGGGGUCAUGCGGUUGGAUCUGGCGCCUUACCUGAAUCGCCAACCAAUCGAGCUAAUGGCUCUUCUGGACGAUUCGUUCAUCCGAGAUGAGACGUCGUCUGCUGGAACUCGCGGAACUUCAGACACACCGUCUCCCAGCUCCCUCCCCUCAUCGGACAGAGGCGCCGUGUCCUCUUCGAUCAGGGACGGCAAGUCGACCUCGACGGAUGGUGGCGACGGAACAACAGGAGACAACCCGGACGGCGAGCAAAGCCUCGAAGAUGAAGAUGUGUCUAAAUGGCAGCCGCCGACUGGUUCCUGGAAAUUCUUGUGGAGGUACCAGAUGUGGCACGAAAAGUUGUUGUCUUACUGA